AUGCCAACUUAUAGGUUCUUGCACCGUGCUACCGCAGAAGCCUGGCUGAAACGUGUCUGUGACGAGAAUGAAAAUAGAGUCAACAACGAGGCCCCUCUUUCUAAUGCAAAGGUUGCAUUGGUUCUUUUGAUCUUAGCUACAGCUACUCUUUAUGGAGAAGAUGCAGUGGGCACGUUACACGAUGCAGAAGCGGAUGACGGCGCGCAAAGUGGAAUCUUCUUUGCAGCAGCUGAACACAGAUUGUCCAUUGAAAGCGGGCCUAUCAGGCUGGAAUCUGUCCAAGCAAGACUUGCGACUUCCAUGUAUUUGUUAGGAUCAUCGAGAAUCAAUCAGGCAUGGUACACUUUUGGCACGACGAGUCAAAUGAUAUUAGCGCUUGGUCUCCAUCGAAAAAGGUUCACCCAGUCGCAUGCCACUUCAUUCAACCUUGUCGAGGUCGAGAUCAGGAAACGAAUCUUCUGGAGUGCAUAUACUUUAGACAAGUAUCUCAGCGUCAUCUUGGGCCGACCUAGAAUAUUCCGAGACGAAGACAUUGAUCAGCAAUUGCCCGAGAGAAUCAACGACAGUGACUUGACUAAUACAGUAGCAAAAUCCCGAUCUACCCACAAUCAAUGCGUUUCGGAUGGCCCCGUACUCCAUGCGAAAUUGGCCCGGAUAGUUGGGAAGAUAUCCAGUGACCUCUAUCCAACCACGACAACCUCGAAUACAAAGUGGGUAGAAGUCGCCCAACAGCGCACUGCAGAAUUGAAAGCUUGGAAAGAGUCUCUCCCGGCAUUUCUUGAACCCGAGAAAGUUGAUCCAUCCAUGCUGAUACCCAUCUUUCAACGUCAAAGUUCUGUUCUGCGAUUAGCUUACCUUCAUGCUUUGAUCCUUGCCAAUCGGCCGUCCAUCCUCAAGAACUUCGCAGAUCUAAGUCGACCGCAGGAUCCACUCACAGGAGAAAUGGAAGACAGACUCAAAGAAUGCAUCGAUGCAGCCGUUCUCGUCGUCGAAACGGUAAAUGGGUUCAUCGAAGAAAGCAGAAUGCGGAAACCAUAUUGGUUCACGCAUUAUAUCGCUUUCUGCGCUAUUUCAACUUUGUAUGUAUAUGCUAUCCAGAACGCUCAGCGGUCUGGGCUGUCUGAGGACAAAAGCGUACCGCCCACCCACCUCCGGUACUUCGAAGCCGCAGAACGAUGCCAGCGCGGUAUUUACGGCACUACAGCUCCGAGUUCCCCUUUCCGCCGCUAUAACAUCAUCCUCGACGAACUAAAGAAAGAAGUCGCUCUUCGACUGCAUCCAAGAUCCGGGUUUCCUAACCUCGUUGACGUCAACAAUAGCAAUCCUCCAGUACGCACUCAAGUCGCCAAAGCACCAUAUAUGAUGGAUUCAUCAGGCGGAACUCCAAAUCGAACACCAAGCAGCUACGAAAGCUACCCAAUUGCUAAUCCUGCCGGGGAGCAGCAGGACUACCAAGGCUCAUUAUCCAGAGCACUGUACAGUCAAGGAAAUGCCUCAAUGAAUCAUGGUGCGCCCACCGCCAUAUAUGAUGAGAAUACAAUGAUGCAGUUAAGCAUGUUUGGAGCCAACGACGAACUGGGAUGGGCGGAAUUCGAUUCUUGUGUCAGUAUGCUUUAA